GCUCCAGGCUGGAGGAGAAGCCCUUCAGUGAGAUGGAAAUGUCUUACAUCAAGCAAGGAGAAGAAGCCCUCCAGAAAUCCCUCAGCAUCCUCGAGGACCAGGACGGCUGGAAGACAGAGACGCUGGUGAGUAACGGAGACAAGGUGCUGAGCAAGGUGCUGCCGGACGUGGGCAAGGUGUUCCGGCUGGAGGUGGUGGUGGACCAGCCCCUGGACACGGUGUACAGCGAGCUGGUGGACAACAUGGAGCAGAUGGGCGAGUGGAACCCCAGCGUCCAAGAAGUGAAGAUCCUCCAGAGGAUCGGGAAGGACACGGUGAUCACCCACGAGAAGGCGGCCGCGCCCCCCG